AUGGGAACUAAAACGGUUCCCAAAACACUCAAUGGGAAAUUAGUUCUUGUACUUAUCAUCACCAUACUGAUGGUGACUCACUCCCAUGGAUUUCAACUAGAGAUCAGGAACGAACUCUCGGGUCGGUACAGGAGGCUUGUGUACAAAUGCUGGUCACGCGACAACGAUCUCGGGUGGCGAGAAAACUGGCCAGAUCAGCAAAAGGACUGGUCCUUCGCCAUGUCGCUCUUCCACACCUUCUUCUAUUGCAACUUCCAUACAGGGUACGGACGAGUGGACACACAGCUAGUUGCGUCGUGGGAGAUGAAAGAGCAGUGUGGGGACAGGUCCAAAUGCACUUGGGUCGUUAAGAAGGACGGACUCUACUUGAGACAUUGGAAGACACUAUUUUAUAGUAACAAGUACGGUAACGAGAGGUGGAAUGAGUAUGUUCAACAUGAUAUCCUCCAGAAAUCUUGGAGCUAA